AAGAAAAAAAAUGGAGGAUUUUCAAAAACCCUUUAGAAACGAAGGCAAGAGUCAAUUUUGAAGAUCAAAGCGAAAUUUCAAAAACAUACACAAAAGGGGGAAAAGAAGAAAUGGGAGAUAUUGCUUUGUUUAUCGAUGAUUUACCAUCAGAUUCUUCGAUUUCACACUGUAGAAUUUGCCACGAAGAAGAAUUUGAAAGCAUGAAAAGCUUGGAAGCUCCUUGUGCUUGUUCUGGCUCUGUUAAGUUUGCACAUAGAGAUUGUAUACAGAGAUGGUGUAACGAGAAAGGGAACACAACUUGUGAAAUUUGUCUUCAGGAAUAUGAACCAGGAUAUACAGUAAUAGCACCUUCAAAGAAGUCUCAACUAAUUGAAGCUGCAGUAACCAUUAGAGAUAGCCUGCAAAUUCCCAGAAGAGAGGUUGAACCACAAGAAGUAAUGAACGACGAAAAUGAAUUCUUUCAAUGUACUUCAACCAUUGAAAGAGGCGCCGCUUGUUGCCGAUCAAUGGCCCUCACCUUUACCGUGGUUUUGCUCAUAAAACAUCUCUUUGCUGUCAUUAAUGGCGAAACAGAUGAUUACCCGUUUGCACUUCUUAUGAUACUGCUUUUGAGAGCCACCGGAAUUUUACUCCCAAUGUACAUAGUAAUUCGAUCAAUUACAGCCAUUCGAAACAACAUUCGACGACGACGACCACGACAACAUCAUGAUUCCGAGGAGAUUGCCAUGUCUGAAGACGAUGAUGAUGAUUAAGCAGCAGCAACUUCACAUUGCCCGACAGAUAUAAUCUUGUUGUAUGUUCUUAAAUCAAUUCCCACUUUUAAUCUGGGCAUUACAUUGAUGCCCACCUUGUCCAAAUUCCUCAAUUUUUUUUUUUUUGGCAUCAAUGGGAAAUAUCGUGAAGUAUUUAUUUGCAGUACCGUUUUAAAUGAGUAGGCAAAAUUUAUAAGCCCAUCAAA